AUGCUAAAUACUAAUACUAAAAUCAUUUUAAAAAAUAGUAUGCGUGCAUUCAUCCUUUCACUAAACCAACGUAAUCAGAACUUUAGAAUAUUAUAUUUACAAAAACAAACGAAUAACAAAAACUGCAAUUCUAAUAAAUGGUCCCGACGUGAAUUCCAGGUGUGCGGGAUCGUUCAUCGCUUCCGUGCCCCUUUGCCCAGACUUGCCUCAUCCUGCGCUUCACAGGCAGCCAGAAGGCACAGUUACCAACACUAACGGGUACUUAACGGAGCCAGGCGUGUGAAAGAGCUGAAAAGAACAGCUCGUUUGUUUAUUUUUCGGAGGAUGUUGCAUCCCACUAUUGUUAGAACAAGAAUUGGUGGUGCUAAAGCUAUCUUACAAAAAAAAAACAAAAACAUCAGGUCAUAAAAAACACGUAGGUCACCAGUGGUCACUGCAUCCGCGGAGUAGUCGCCUAGGUGCUGACAGGUGGAGGUACUGUAAGCCAGUCGCGGGCAGGCGGCGAAGCGUAGCGAUGGUGGUUAGCAGGCAGGUGGAUUUCCGGAGUGAUUGACGGGCCCCGCUUACGUCAUCACAAAGGGGGCUGUUCCUCGGUGCGGAGUUCUCAAUAGAGAAAGAGAAACAGAGAGAGAGAGAGAGAGAGACAGAAGGGGGCUCUUGACUGGCGAAGCUGUGUGAUAACAGUCACGCAUUGGUCCCAGAAUGAGUGCGAGGGAGUAAUAAGAGAGGCCGGCGACCUACUCUUCGGAGUCGGGCUUCGAAACCAACGAGCCUCUUUUUGUUUCCAUUGAUAUCCAAUGCUGGCGGAAUGAGCACACUGGAGAGAAUGCUUUUUUCUUUUGCGCGUCCUUGUCAUGCUGUCAAGUGAAGACAAAUAAGAAGAACACGGCAAAAAAAAAAAGAGCAAAACAAAACAGCGGAAUAUGGGAGAUUACAAAGGAGGAGGAGGAGUAUGUUUUUUUACAGAGGCCCAACACAGGAGGGAUUAACAGCAAUGUCAGUAAGCUGUAAAAAUAUCAUUUGGUGGCAGAUUGAGUGGAGACCUCUGAGUGAAGAGGCAAAUUCACUACUAUCCUCACGUCCUGAGAAGAGAACGCUGGAUAAAAACAUUUUUAAACAGCAUCAACUUUUGACGUAAUUGAAGUUGCAAAUGGUACUUUGAAAAUGAUGAAGAGGCCUAACUUUGAAAAAAUGGGUAACUCAUGGAAAUUAACAGUUAGAGGCUGAAGAGUCAGGACAGAGAUUUUGCAAUGCAAGUUAUAUUUACAAGGCUGUAUGUUAACUUAAGCAUUUUUGCUGAUAGAAAAUAUGACUUCAUAUAAUUGAUUCAUCUUUAGUAUUUAUUUUCUCGACGUUUUGCUAACUUAUUGAAACUAAAACUAGUUUUGAAAUACACAUUAGAGGACAAACAGUCCUGAAUUGGCAAUAAAAUGAAAAUGCCUGUUGCCUUUUAAAAAUGGCAGCAAAACGAGACUAUGUGCCCAACCUCCAUGGAUUUGACCUGGGGAGUCGCUUUAUUGACUUGAAACCUUUGGGAUAUGGGGCCAAUGGACUAGUACUGUCUGCAAUGGACAUAAAGAGUUGUCAAAAGGUUGCAAUAAAGAAGAUUGUCAUCACAGAUUCAUUGAGCAUCAAGCACACCCUUCGUGAGGUAAAAAUCAUCCGACGAUUGCAGCAUGAUAAUGUCGUUAAAGUGUUUGAGGUACUGGGUCCACAAGGCAGUGCCUUGUCCCAUGAUGUCUGUAAUCUGACCACAGUUUAUAUUGUUCAGGAGUAUAUGGAGACAGAUCUAUCACGUCUCCUGGAACAAGGGCCCCUGUCAGAAGAGCAUGCUAAGCUAUUUACUUACCAGCUUCUUCGUGGCCUGAAAUACAUCCACUCUGCUAAUGUUCUGCAUAGAGACUUAAAACCAGCCAAUAUCUUCAUCAACACUGAAGACCUACUUCUGAAAAUUGGAGAUUUUGGCCUGGCAAGGAUUGUUGAUCCACACUACUCACAUAAAGGCUAUCUGUCUGAAGGACUUGUGACAAAAUGGUAUCGAUCUCCAAGACUACUUCUCUCACCAAACAACUACACCAAAGCCAUUGACAUGUGGGCAGCAGGAUGUAUUUUGGCAGAGAUGCUGACUGGGAGGAUGCUCUUUGCUGGUGCCCAUGAAUUGGAACAGAUGCAGCUUAUACUGGAGACUAUUCCUGUAAUCCGAGAGGAAGACAAGCAAGAGCUUCUUAAGGUGAUGCCAACGUACAUCAAUUCUACAUGGGAAGUGAAAAAGCCACUUAAGGACCUGUUACCAGAGGUCAAUGCCGAAGCCAUUGAUUUCCUCAAACAAAUCUUGACUUUUAACCCUAUGGACCGAAUGACAGCUGAGGAGGCUCUGGGACAUCGGUACAUGAAGCAGUACUCUUGUCCAGAAGAUGAGCCAACUUCACAGCACCCUUUUCGGAUUGAAGAUGAAAUCGAUGACAUCUUACUCAUGGAGGCCAGUCAGAGCCAAAUGUCCGCGUGGGAGAGAUACAGUGGCAGGUUUUCUCCAGGGUGUCGUGUUUCCUCCCACAUCCCAAAUACAUUGAGGUUUCAGACAAGCCUAUCAUCUGAUCUAGAGUGGCAGCAACGCGAUCGAUGCAUUGAGACGACAAUAGUAACUGAGGUGCAACGUGAUCCUCGAGCUGGCUCGAUGCCUAUCCUAGAAGAAGCACAGGUGGAUCCACGCAAGUACUCCCACAGCAGUUCAGAGCGUUUUCUAGAACAUUCGCAUUCUUCAUUGGAACGAGCAGGAACAGGAGACUCUGACUAUGGGAGAUCGUGUGACUACAAAGUGGGUUCACCUUCCUACCUGGACAAGCUGCUAUGGCGAGAUGGAAAACUCCAUCACUACUCUGAACCGAAGCUUAUUCUGGACCUCUCACACUGGAAGCGCAAUAAUUUUCCAGAGUCGGGUGGCGGAAGUGACAGGAGUGGAAGGAGACAAGGUGGAGGGAUGGUUGAUCAAGGUGAUCACACUUCUGACCUCUUUUCAGAAAUAUCUCGUUGGGUGGAAAGUACCCAGGAUAGAUUUGAAAUCUCUAGUCCUCCACCACUUAUGCCUGCCCCAGAGAUCCAACAUGAAACAGUCCAGGCUUCCUCGGACUCUCCCUUCUUGACUUCAUCUGCGCCAACUUCAAAACUUGCUAAUGGGAAAGAGGCCGAAUUUGACUUGGAUGUAUUCAUUUCCCGGGCUCUGAAGCUCUGCAGCAAUCCUGAGGAACAUACUGAUAACCGCUUGACAGAUAUAAAUGGCUCUUGCAUCCAAGAACACCCACCAGAACUGGUACCAACUGAUGUCUUCCAGAGAGAGCGAUGGUAGAAUUGUUUUGGGGUGUGUUAGAUUCUUUUGCGAGUGUGUUUUAAAAGAGCCUUUCAAGUCUUGGCUGGUGUCAGUGUGUGUUGAGACAAAGUGUGGCCAAGACAGAUUCAGAUUUAGAAGCAGUACAAGCAAGGCACAUUCUGAAAGUGAAUUAAAAAGUGCAAGCGCAAGAAUUGUAAUGAUAGCAAAAAUAAUAUCCAUUUGUGGAAAAUGACUUAAAAGGUAAUCAUCAUGAUGCUUCAAAAUUCAGGCUGGCCUGUAAAUAGAGCCACUCGGCAAGAUUUAGAAAUUUGCAAGACUAUUCUGAAGUUUAGGAAAUAAACUGUUUAUGAAAUGCUUGCUAGCUCUGAUAUACCCAGUUCUAUUUUCGGGAAUAUUUUACAUUUGUAACAAUAAUUUUAUAAAUUAUGUAAGUGGUUAAAAAAGGAUUUGAGGGCCUCUUACUAUGUGUGUAGUUGAGGAUCACAUGAAGACAGGGCCCCACUAUACUCUACAUGUACUGAUGCUUGACAUACUGUGAAGGAAGACAAAUACACUCAGUAUGGUAAACUUGAAAGUAGCUGAAUAAAAUGAAAACGCUACCUCCUUUACGAUGCAACUUAAAAAAAUAGAUCUGCAGAUACUUUGAGCCAGGGCCGUAGAUGUCCUUUAACUAUCAUGCAGAACAGAAUUGCUUCUGAGCUUUCCUAAGCAGCUUCAUUGUGAAGCUUUUGAUCUUCUUUCAUCAGUUCAGGUACAGUAAAUGAGCUUUUUAUAACCUUUCUGAGCAUGGCUGGUUGAGAAGGUCAUUCCAAAUUUUUUUAGACCUCCUUCAGAUGCUGGUUUCAGGAGUGCCAAAGCAUGUACUAAAUGCACCUGCACCAGUAGGCCACACUACAUUUGCUGUCUUUCUCGAUUGAUGUAUUUAUUUAGUUCAUUGGAGGAAUUAUAUGCUUAUUUAUUGGAAGUUCUUCUUUCCAACACCUGUGGACUUAGCAUGUUGAGACAGAAAUUAAGUUGCAGUAGUUGAUACCACAGAAGAAUGAAUUACUGGGGAGGUAUAGAAAAGACAAGACAAAUUAAGAUUUUUCUGGUUAAACUGUGACAGUAAAUAUGAGUACAUAGCUUGAUUCUACAGAAAUGCCUUCUUCCACUAGAUGAUCGCAAAAUGAUUGUAUACAAGAACAACUUAGCCACCCUGAGGAAGAUACACUUCCAAGAUGGUCUAAGCUUUCCUAUGUGUUUUUAUAUAUUCUUCAAAUUUCUCACAAAUUAUUAUGUAUGCCUAACUCCUGAAGUGGCAUUGUUGGAAGAAUCUCUGACAUUGUAUUCAGAAGUCAGUGCAAAUUAUAACCAGUAUCCAUUUUAGUAGACAACAUGUGUUAAAGAGCCUUAAUACAGAAGCUUAUUUCCACCACUCAAAGAAUUUUUUUAUUGCCUUAUCCACCACCACCCCCCAUUCUAUAGAAGUAUUGUGUUACUUUGCUAACAUAUUACAUUAUUUAGCAAAAGAAUUUUCCUUAUUUUGCAAUAAAUAUUGAAUCAUUUCACAAAGAUAUUUCCUGCUGUAGUCAGUAACAUCUUGCAAACAAGAAAUGAACAAAUAUUAUAGGUAUACAUUUCAUUCUUCAUAUGCUGAGGGAUAAAUUUAAUCCACCCAGUGUAGGGUCACAGGGAGCCAGUAGUCAUCACAGCAUCACUGGGUGUAAGGCAAGAAGCAAAUGUGGUGGAUGGUUCACCUGUCCAUUUGCAGGGCACAUCCUUACAGCCAAUCAGAAAAGAGUGUGCUGUGUGCAAUCCAAUAGCAGAAACCUAUUAAUAAAGUGUCAGUUUAGUCCUAAUCCAGCUAUUUAAUAAUAAUAAUUCUUUACAUUUAUAUAGCGCUUUUCUCACUAUUCAAAGU